UGAAAUUUAUUAGGCAAGUCAGUCUAGCUUGUUACUUCGUUGGCAGUGCAUCGCGGAGCAGAUCAUCACAUUAACAACAAAAAUGAACUUCACGUGGGUUCCUUCGUCCUUGUACGGCGCCAUGCCGCCGAACGCCGUCUUCGCGGGAAACGACUCAGACGGCUCGACGAUCUACGUGGGACGCACCUUCCACGAGGGCGACCAGCUGCCGGCCAAAGUCAUCCCCAGCAAACAGGCGGCCUACGUGAGCCACAACGGCAACGAGAUCCUGAAGCACCACGUCGAGGUGCUCGUGGGCACUGGCUUCACGUGGAUUCAUUCCAGCAACGGCCACGUGCCGCCGAACGCCGUCAAGGCGGGCCAGACCAUGCACGGUCAUCCCCUCUACGUGGGCCGCGCUCACCACGAGGGUAGCUUGACUCCCGGCAAAAUCCACCCGACCCACGGCUGCCUCUACUUCCCGUACGGUGGCGCUGAGCAGAGCACGCUGCACUACGAAGUGCUGAUCGGCCAGCCGUCUUCUCGCUGGCUUCCGACGUCUGCUCACGCCGGAGUGCCCCCAGAUGCUGUUCUUGGCGGCCAUGACACUGACGGAGCGCCCAUCUACGUCGGCCGGGCUUUCCACGAGGGUGACCAGCUGCCGGCCAAAGUAAUUCCCAGCAAGCAGAUCGCGUACGUGAGUCACAACGGCCAGGAGAUUCCCAAGCACCACUUCGAGGUGUUCUGCCACACGAGCGUCAGCUGGGUUCCCUCGGGACACGGCAGCGUGCCGCCCAACGCCGUGCGCGCGGGAAACACCGCCACGGGGGAGUCUCUCUACGUGGGGCGCACCUUCUACCAGGGCAGCCUCACGCCCGGCAAGAUACACCCGAGCCACGGUUCUCUCUACAUUCCCUACGGCGGCGCCGAGAUUCCCUUCAAGAACUACGAAGUGCUGAUCGAGAAUUAGGAGACUUUCGGCAAUUCAUUCAUGUCUUCUGAGCGAAUUGUAAAUAAAGGCAAUCAUUGCACUGAAACGGUCGCAAAUUCACAUUUCUCUAAUUGCAAGAUAAGAAUUUUGAGAAAUGCAAAUACAGUGUGGAAAAAUUUCUGUCUCACUGAUAGUGCGAAAUGCCUCAAUAAAGUGACGUAAAUUGAA